AUGUCGCCUCACGAUCCGAGCCUCUUCUCUCUGCUCAACUCGCUCUUCGAGCCCAACUUUCUCAUCCUCGUCACUUACCUUUGUAUCAAUCUCUAUCUUGCAUUUCGUGUCAUCAGAAUUGCGACAAAGCGGUAUCGCCAGCUCCAGAUGACGCCACACGAAUCUGGCGAGCUCGGUUUGGUCGAGCUUCCGGCCGAUGGUGACGACGACGUGAUGGAAGCGCACAGAGACCUGUUCGGACGAGGAUCAACGUCCAAGAAGCAUCACACCGAUACGCCCGUCGCUGAUGCUAUGAUUAGACUGGCUACGUGGGCGCUUAAGAACGACGCUUGUUACGCGAAAAGCAUCUUUGCCUUCCUCGCCAUCCUCAGCCUGGCCUCUACGUGGUAUUACAUGCUCUCGUUCCUGCGUCACUCUUACUUGGCCUAUCUCGAGCGGUGCCAUCUUACAUCCUAUCCGCUUCCGCCUGCGCCGCCUCCCUUCGAUCUUGCUCGACCGGCUCUGCUUGUGCCUGCACUGCAUCUGCGCAUUCUUCGUAUCUCGCAGUGGUUGGCGUCGCUCAGCCUUUUCAAGGAAGCUUGGAUGGAGGUGAUCAGAGACGCCCCUUCGUGGUGGUGGAGCAGCGAGAUUUGUAUCAUCACGGUGGGAGCCUGGGCUCUCUUCCUUCGUCACGAGGGCGAGCGACUCCGCAUCCCGCAUGUGUGGACCGUCAUGGCACUCGGUCAGCUCGUCGCCAUCAGCUUUGCAUUCAACCUCUUUAACCUCGCCGUCAUCUAUCGCCUCGAGGCGUACGACCUCAUUGACACUCGUUCGGAAAAGACGUUCAAGGCAAAGCAUCGCGUCAUCACCCCGCGUGAAGACGACACACCUCCAUCUCCGCCCGAGAUCUGGCCUCCUCCGCAGCGAGACCGUCUCGCGCAGGAGAGGCCGUUUCAUGUCGCCAUGCGGUUCGCAGAGACAACCGAUCGUCGUCCCGCUGCAUCUUUGGACACUUCUCUUCCACCGACUCCGAUCAGGUCGCCUGAUCCGAGCAUCAGAGUCAUCUCCACCAAGCUCAUUGUGCAGAGGACGCCGCUACCUCCCCAACCUAUGUUCAUGGACAAGGUCGCCGGCAUCAUGCAACGCUGCGUUCCGGAAAGAGUCGGAAUGCCUGUGUUUGUUGUUGCCGGUCUCUCGUCGGUGCUUCGGCAUCCGAACAGCUUUACGAAGGUGAUGAUCAUGCACGUGUUCCCCUUGCUCAUCUCGCUUUACCCUGCCUAUCGCCAGCCGCACGCUUCCACGAGCCGCUCCACGUCAUCCGCACGUCCACCUUUCGUUCAAUCGACGCCGAGGUACACGAGGAAGCAAAUCUUGUUCAAGAUGGUCUCGCGCAGCAAGAUGCGUCUGCCGCUGUGGAAGGACGCAAAGGUGUACUAUCUUGGGCUUGGCAUUGUCAGCAUCGUUCUGCGACUGUGGCUCACCAUCAAGUGCUUCUUCGAGGUGGAUGGCAGGCUCUCAAUCCUACACAGGUCUUGGCGAACGAUCCAGCUGCUCUUCCCGACCACGUUUUUGCGUCACCCAGCGCAGAGCUCGAUCAGCUCGGAUCACGUCUGUGUCGCUCUCAGCGCCACGGUCUUUGUACUCAUCGAAAGUGGUCUGUGGCUGUGGAAGGCAGCUGUUGCGAGUCCCAGCUCGUAUCUUCCAGGCGCCAGCGACGAUGAUGAGGACGGCAAUGACGGCGGAGACACGAUGCAUUUUCCCCUACCUGCCGGAAUUCAGCUCGACAAGGCGGAUCGCAAAGUGAUCGAGACACAAGCAUGCGCCGUUGUAGCCCUGUUGGCGCUCUCACCCUUGCUGGGUGCCAGCGCAACAUUCUCACUGUACCUCGCGGCCAGAUGCACGUGGGUCGAGCAGUACGAGCGAUACUGUGGAGCUCAGAACGAAGAGAUGCUUCGUCCCGCGGAUCGACCUGGCUCGAGCGUCGUCGAGGACACGGAAGAGGUGGAGCUGCUCGAAAACGAGGAGGGCGAAAGGUACAUGGAGGUACGAAAGAUGCACGUCAGCGAAAUGGUGCGUCCGCGCGGCGGCGGUGCACGACAGCAGCGAGCCGGUCGAGCUACGAGGGCCACAGAAGCUGCGGAGGACGAUGACGAAGAGGACGACUUCCUACCCAGUCCUCCUAGCUCUACACCGUCAGACGUACUCACCACGCGUGCGAGCGAGACGCAGACAUCAGCUCAAGCGAGUCGCCAAGCGCGAGCAUCGACAGCGGAGAGCGAGCUGCUCAGUUCUUCGCAGGAAGCGGGCGUCGGACGCCGAACGACGCCACUGCGACAGCGACAUCCGCCCGCGCGCUUCGGCGAAGUAUCGCCUUUGACUUCGCCCAGUCGAAGUCGAGGAGGAUGA